AGGCUGGGACUGUGCGAUCCGGUGGAGCCGCGCGGCAUGGCGGGCGGGGCCCGAGAGGUGCUCACAUUGCAGUUGGGACAUUUUGCGGGUUUCGUGGGAGCGCACUGGUGGAACCAGCAGGAUGCUGCGCUGUGCGGACCGACCGAUGCCAAGGAGCCGCCGGGAGAGCUCUGCCCCGACGUCCUGUACCGGACGGGCCGGACGCUCCACGGCCAGGAGACGUACACGCCGAGACUCAUCCUCAUGGAUCUGAAGGGUAGUCUGAGCUCCCUAAAACAAGACGGUGGACUCUACAGGGACAAACUGCUAGAUGCUGCAAUUGCAUGGCAGGGGAAGCUCACCACACACAAAGAGGAACUCUAUCCCAAGAACCCUUAUCUCCAGGACUUUCUGAGUGCAGAGGGAGUGCUGAAUAGUGAUGGUAUCUGGAGGGUCAAAUCCAUUCCCAAUGGCAAAGGUCCCCCCCUACUCACCACGGCUACAACUCCAAAACCACUUACCCCCCCGGAGGGCAGCAUCCGAGUCUGGUCAGACUUCCUCCGAGUCCCUCUUCACCCCCGGAGCAUCUGUAUGAUUCAGAAGUACAACCAUGAUGGGGAGGCAGGUCGCUUGGAGGCUUUUGGCCAAGGGGAGAGUAUCCUGAAGGAACCCAGGUACCUGGAAGAGCUGGAGGACAGGCUGCACUUCUACGUGGAGGAGUGUGACUACCUGCAGGGCUUCCAGAUCCUGUGUGACCUGCACAAUGGCUUCUCUGGAGUAGGCGCUAAGGCCACAGAGUUGCUACAAGACGAGUAUUCAGGGCGGGGAAUAAUAACCUGGGGCCUGCUCCCUGGUCCCUACAGUCUUGGGGAGCCCCAGAAAAACAUCUAUCGUCUGUUAAACACAGCUUUCGGUCUGGUGCGCCUGUCUGCUCACAGCUCUCUGGUCUGCCCCUUAUCCUUGGGUGGCAGCCUGGGGCUGCGACCUGAGUCACCCGUCAGCUUCCCUCACCUGCGUUAUGACGCCACUCUGCCCUUCCACUGUAGUGCCAUCCUGGCUACAGCCCUGGACACAGUUACUGUUCCUUAUCGCCUACGUUCUUCGCCAGUUUCCAUGGUUCAUCUGGCUGAUAUGCUGAACUUCUCUGGGAAAAAGGUGGUGACAGCAGGAGCAACCAUCCCCUUCCCCUUGGUUCCAAGCCAGUCCCUUCCUGAUGCCCUGGUGCAGCUUGGAGGGGCCACCCCAUGGACCCCAUUGUCUGCAUGUGGGGACCCUUCUGGAAUAUGCUGCUUUGCCCAGUCAGUGGUGCUGAGGGGUCUAAACAAAGCAUGCCACACCAGUCAGCUCACCCCAGGGACACCUCUGCCCUCCCUGCUCCACGCGUGUACCACUGGGGAAGAAGUCUUGGCCCAGUAUUUACAACAGCAGCAACCUAGCGUCAGGAGUUCUUCCCAUCUGCUGCUGACUCCCUGCAAGGUGGUUCCUCCCUACCCCCACCUCUUCUCCUCAAGCCUCAGCCAGCAGGGUUUGGUUCUGGAUGGUCCCCCAACUGGGGCAGCAGUGGAGAGCAUCCCAGUGCUUGGGGCCCUCUGCUCCUCUUCAUCCUUGAACAGAACCCUGGGAGACUUGGCCAAAGAGCUCACCAAACUCGACCUGCGGCGCUGGGCCAGCUUCUUGGAUGCUGGAGUGGAACAGGAUGACCUAGAGGAGGUGCUGCAGGAGCUAUGCAGUCUGGCCCAGUGCUACCAGGGUGGUGACAGCCUCAUGGACUAAAGAAA